AUGAUUCAAAAGUUCUCUCGUUUCGUUAACUCCGGUGCUGGCCUGGAGAAGACCCUUCGCCUGAUCCAAUGCACGGCACAGGUUGUCGCUGCGCUCACCGUCAGCAGUGCCCUGGCCGUGCAAUUGACGACGGUCAAGUUGCAAUUGGCAUUGGCGCGGAGGUACUUCCGUUUCUUCGGGUUCAUUGACUCCUUCCAGCGCAUGUCUGCAUUGCUAGGCAAGGAUGGAUUCGGCUCUGUGGGUGGACUGAUUGAACUUGCUAAGUGGACCUGCUUUGGCCUCUAUUUCGUCCUGGAGGACUUGACUACGCUUCAUGCUAUGGGUGUCUAUGCAGUGUCCUGGCAUGAUUCCGUCAUGGACCAAGCCAAUACUUUCUGGCUCUAUGCUCUCUCUUUCUCGGUUGCAGGUGGUAUCUGGGCGCUCCUUUUCGGCCCCUCAGAGCAACCAGCCAAGAAAGAUGGCGAGAAGAAGAAAGUCGAGCCCGAGAAAGCUGUUCCCGUCAAGGCGACUCCUUCCUCUGCUUUGAUUCAGCAGAUUGUGGUCGAUAGCUGUGAUUUGCUCAUUCCACUGGAGCUUCUCAACUGGAUGCCCACAGGAGAUGUUGUGGUUGGAUCCACCAUGGUAUUGAGUACAUUGCUGACUGCUCAAAAUAUUUGGGCUCGGGUGUGA